UGUUGUGUUUUGUGUUGUUUGAUUGUGGAGGUUAGUUAGUCACACAUGAGUAUGACAAGGGCUCAACGUGGUGAUUUUGAUUUGAUUAGUCAUCACUCAUUCCAUUCUCAACUCAUUCAUUAAAUUUCAGAAUCUCGGACAUGAAUUAGGCUAUUCAUCGUGAUGUGAUCGUGAUUAUUGAAGUGAUGCAGUUUAGACCUAGUGUUGGAUUCAUUAUUCAUAAUUUUUAUUCAUGAAAACAAAUAUUUUAAUUCAACUAGGCUAUGGACCAUACCCCAAAAACACAUUAGUUUUACUUUUAUGAUGAUUAUUUUUUACUGUUGGCCUAACUUAUAAUUAAAUAGCACUAAGUUAUGGCCUCUGCAAUGAAUUCCAAAGUGCAGUUUAAAGUUGUGAUACUCGGAACUGAAGGUGUUGGAAAGACAUGUCUACUGAACAGGAUAGUUUAUGACAAAUUUACAGAUAAGUACCAAAUGACUGUUACUGGCGUUUACAGAGCAAAAUUUUGUUCGUAUAACGGCGAAACUGUUCAAGUUGGGAUUUGGGAUACUGUUGGGACAGAGAGGUACAGGUCAAUGAACCAGUUGUUUUAUAGAGGUGCUAAAGCUGCCAUUGUGUGCUACGAUAUUUGUGACUCUCGCACGUGGCAAGACUCAAAGUAUUGGCUCAGCCAGCUCAGGCUUCAUGAGGAGGAUUGCAAAAUUUACCUGUGUGGCACAAAGAAAGAUCUUGUGAAAGAUGGAAACAGGCCACGUGAUAUUGACUUUGAAGUAACCACCAAACACGCAGCAGGAAUUCAAGCAAAGAUUAUUGAGGUAUCAAGUAAAACGGGGGAAAAUGUCAGCUGUCCCGUCAAGAGAACCUGUACCAGCCAAAGCUACAGCAACGGCAGCAGCAAUAACAACGUAGGAAUCAGCAAUUUUUAUCCGGACUAUCUCCAUCCAUACGAGGUGUAUUACGAUCUCACUCGGUGCUUUGUACAAAGUGGAUUCAUAUCGUCCUUGUCGGUGACGACAGAUGACGUCAUGUGGUACAGAGCGCAGACAGUGUAUGCUCCCACCAACACACUCAAUGGAGCAGACCAAGACCCGAGAGUAAUAUCUUGUCAAGACGACGAAGACCACAAUGUAUUGCUGGAAAUUCUAAUCAACGUCUUGUAGGAGAAGUUGUGUAAUUCUGUUAGUAAUAGUAAAUUUUUGGUAGCCUAUUUUUGUUAG